AUGCUCCUCUCCCAGAGCUGCUGCCACACUGGACAUGUUGGACUAGUUGCUGUGUACGUGUGUGUGGAGUGUGUGUGGCGUGUGGUGUGCAGGGGGGGGCUCGACUUUGUGGCGACAUUGAUGUGGAUAUGAGGCCGCGCUGCAAGUUUGCACGCCCCUGCUGCUCGCUCCAAGUCAGACGGCCGCAGCUCCUUCUCGCUUCUUGUCUUCUUCUUCUUCUGCCUGCCUCUCCUUCAGCACCACUCCUUUAAGGACAGCAACACCACUCCUCCACACAACCCAACGACCAACACUAACUCCUUCAUCCAUUCAUCCAUCCAUCCAUCCAUCCAUUCUCCACCCUCAGGGUCAUUUACUCGCUCGGCUUUUGGGUUGUUGUUGUUUUUUAUAUAAAGAAAAGCGCAAAGGGAAUACAAACUUUUGGAAAUAUUUGUUUCCUCUUCAACAAAAAAUAUAAAAGCAGCAGUGAAGCUGUGUGACCCGAACCAGUGCUGAAGUGGUUCCCUCCUCCCCCUCCUCCUCCUCCUUGUCCUCCUCCUCCUUCGUCUCCGUCUUCCAUCCGCGGGUUCGGACGCGCGCGCACCGACUGACUAAGACACCGAGACAGCAACCAUGGCCACGAACGGGACCAAAACCUCGGACGGCCACGUCCUUACGGAGACAGUCAGUGAGGCGCCGACGAGCACUCCCAACGACAAGCCCAAAACGCUGGUGGUGAAAGUGCAGACGAGCAAGAAGGACAUACCCGAACGAGAGACGUGGGGCGGCAAAUUUGACUUUCUGCUCUCAUGUGUGGGAUACGCCAUCGGACUCGGGAAUGUGUGGAGAUUUCCUUAUUUGUGUGGAAAGAAUGGAGGAGGAGCCUUCUUGAUCCCCUACUUUUUGACCUUGAUAUUUGCUGGCAUGCCCCUCUUCUUUCUGGAGACGGCCCUGGGUCAGUACACCUCCAUUGGGGGACUCGGAGUGUGGAAGCUGGCACCCAUGUUUAAAGGUGUUGGUUUGGCUGCUGCUGUGCUUUCCUUCUGGCUUAAUAUUUAUUACAUUGUCAUCAUCUCCUGGGCUCUCUACUAUCUCUACAAUUCUUUCACCUCUGAACUGCCAUGGCAGACCUGUGGUAAUUCCUGGAACACAGAGCGCUGCUACACUAACUACAGCAUCUCGGACACCACCAACCUCACCAGUGCUGUGGUGGAGUUCUGGGAACGCAACAUGCACCAGAUGACGGAUGGCCUGGAGAAGCCCGGAGAAGUCAGGAUCCCGCUGGCCAUCACCCUUGCCAUCGCUUGGGUGCUGGUCUAUUUCUGCAUCUGGAAGGGGGUCAGCUGGACCGGCAAAGUGGUCUACUUCUCGGCCACAUACCCGUACUUUAUGCUCUUCAUCCUGUUCUGUCGUGGCAUCUCUCUGCCUGGCGCAUUUGAUGGCAUCCUUUUCUACAUCACGCCAGACUUUGAAAAACUGAAGGAGUCUGAGGUUUGGCUAGAUGCUGCUACUCAGAUCUUCUUCUCCUACGGACUGGGAUUGGGCUCUCUCAUCGCGCUGGGCAGCUAUAACCCCUUCAACAACAAUGUGUACAGAGAUUCGGUCAUUGUCUGCUGCAUCAACUCCUUCACCAGCAUGUUCGCCGGCUUUGUAAUCUUCUCCAUUGUGGGCUUCAUGGCCAACGUGACAAAGCGGCCCAUCGCUGAUGUGGCAGCCUCAGGACCCGGCUUGGCAUUUUUGGCUUAUCCUGAGGCCGUCACUCAGCUGCCCAUCUCUCCUCUGUGGGCCAUCCUCUUCUUCUCCAUGCUGCUGAUGCUGGGAAUCGACAGUCAGUUCUGCACGGUGGAAGGUUUCAUCACCGCGCUGGUGGACGAGUUCCCUCAUAUACUCCGAAAGCGCCGGGAGAUCUUCAUAGCGGUCGUCUGCCUGGUGUCAUAUAUCAUUGGGCUGUCCAACAUCACCCAGGGUGGCCUGUACGUUUUUAAGCUCUUCGACUACUACUCAGCCAGUGGGAUGUGUCUGCUUUUCCUCGUCUUCUUUGAGUGCAUCUCCAUUUCCUGGUUCUACGGUGUAAACAAGUUUUAUGACAACAUUGAGGAAAUGGUGGGAUACAGGCCUUGUGCUUGGUGGAAGGCCUGCUGGGUUGUUUUCACACCACUCAUUGUUGCUGGAGUGUUCCUAUUCAGUGCCGUGCAGAUGGUUCCCCUCACCAUGGGCGACUACGUAUUCCCAGCCUGGGGCCAGGGUGUCGGUUGGUUAAUGGCCCUCUCCUCCAUGAUCCUCAUCCCCGGCUAUAUGGGAUACAUGUUUCUCACUCUCAAAGGCACUUACAAAGAGCGUCUAAGGAUGAUGAUCAAACCACUGGUCCUGGUGAAGGCUCAGGAAAAUGGGCCGGACCAGCAGGCCGAAGCCCAGAACCAGAAUCCUGGAGCCACUGAGGAGGCCUACAUCUAGAACCUUCUGAGUGUGUCUCCAUGUCUAGCGGCCAGUCGUUCAUGAGCGUUCACGCUGGCAAGAAGCGUAAAUCAAGGUUGGGAACGACCACCAGGCGUCCACGUCUGCUUUCAUUCACCUACCUCCUGGGGACACGUGAGACCAACCCGAUCACAUUUCUUCUUCUUUUUCUUUGAGUUUAUUCUUCUCAUUUGUGUCAUGCAGAGUUCUAAGGGUGUAUAAGGAAAGUACCCAGCCAUGUGUUGUGUAAUUAUGCAAAAGAGAAAUAUGAAAAUAUAUCUUUUAAAUCACAGUCCUGCAUUGAAGUAGUAUUGCAGCUACAGUUAAUGUACAAAUACUGUUAAAAUGCUUGUACCUGAACUCAAUACAUGAGAUGCAGUAAGUGGGGAUGUUUAGCCGGUGGGGUUAAAUCACUAUGUGUCAAAUAUGAUUUAUUUUUAGUUGGACCCACUCACCUCUAGGGGCUGUACCUUGGAAAAGCACAGUGACAACAGCAAAAAAAACUACAAAUAAUCUAUAUAUAUAUAAAAAAAACAUAUGUAGGAUAUGUAGCAAAAGACUGUCCAAACUGUUGGCAGUUUGUCUUGUUUUUUGUUUUUUUUUUGAAGGACAAUAACAUGUACAGUGUGUCGUCACAAUCUUCUUUUGUAGAAUAACUUUUAGAUAGUUUUUUGUAUGAUAUUUGAUCGAUUUUAAGGAGAAGGACCAAACAAGUAAUACAAGCACAACGUGGUAUAGAAAUACUACUACUACUUCUACUAUGUCCCACUGUGAGAGCAAUUCACUUCUUUUGGGCAUCCGGUAUGUAAACCACUGUAUACAGUAUGAUGGCGACCACCUUAUAUAAAUAUAAUAUUUAGUAAUCCACUCCUCAGGAACAAAACGUAGUUGUGACCAAAUGCUGUCUGAUACUGUUAUGAUACACUUAAAAUGGUUCAUGUUAUGUAUUAUAAAACAUAAAUAUACACUGUAUUUCCUCAUAUAGUGACUGCAGAUGGUGUCUAUUAGGGGAGAAACCUUUACGAUAUUAGUAAACAAUACUAUAUUAUUCGAUAGAAAAAUAGAAAUGGACUUAAAAAUCACCACGGAAAAAAAUCAUCUUUAAUAAUACUGCACACAGGGAAUUGUUCACGACAAGCAUUUGACUGGUUUCACUUUUGUUACAUAGUUUUAUGAACAGCGGUUCCACGGUUAUCUGUCCAUCUAUCUCUCAUUGAAAGGUUGAGUAGUUUUACUUUAUUUUAGUUGUAUUGUACAGCGUUUAACUUAGAUUAACUGUCAUACAAUUUAUGCGUAACAUAAAUUUAAACACUGUAGGUUAAAGACAACUAAAAUAAAGUAAAUUACUCAACCAUUGAAUAACAAAUGCUCUCGGAUACUAUUAUGGUAUAUAUAUACGUAUAUAUAUACGUAUAAUUAAAAACUAUACAUGCUCAGCAUUUGAAUAAUAGAUUGGAUAAACACACUGUCAUGCAAGUAUAACUUUUAACUGUACAAUACAAGUAAAAUAAAGUAAAACUAGUCACCCUUUGAGUUAUAGAUAAGUAGAUGUGACCAAAUGCUGUAAUAUUAUGAUACAUUCAUAUGUAUUUUUUCAAAACCUAUAAACAGUAUAUAAAUUAUUUCCAAUUAGGGAAGAAAUAUAACUUCACUGUACGACAUCAAUGUAUAAUAAUGAAAGAAAUGACAAGCACACAAUGUUGUGGAGCACCUUAUUAAUCUUUGGGGACGCCAAUCAACUAAACAGACACCAUCGCGCAUAUUAAUGUGAUACUUUACUUAAUCUGAAAGACUGUUAAGGUGCCUCUGUAGGUGCUGCUGUUUUGAUUAGUAAAGCCUGUGUAUAAAAAAAAGAACAAUGGACUGAAGUCAAUACAGUUACAACCUGUUUUUUUUCCCUGAGGGGAAGAAUUUGGCAUUUAUUUGUCUCAAUUGGAUGACACAUACAUUUAUUGAGGUACGGCAUUUGUUAACGCGUCGACCAUUACCUAAGGAAAUACUAUUGUCAAAUCUACGAGAAACCCAACAUGCUAACUCACAACAAAUCCAAAUCUUGAGCGUGUGUGUGUGUGCGUGUGUUUAUUUUUUGCAUGUCAUUGCUUUUAGUUCAUAUUGAAUGAACUGCGAUGAAAGUGGGCACAGUCUAAAUCCUGGUGAACUUUUCACCAAAUAAAAGGAAAACCUAUGAUUACAUAUCAAGUUUGCUAGGAGAUAUGAAACAGACCUGUAAUGUUUGUAAAAGAAGUAAUAACAAUAAGAUUUGCUUCUGUGGCAGCUACAUGCGACAGGAAUCAGGAGUCUCUUUUAUUUAUGUAUUUUCUUUCAAAGUAUGUAAAUGAAAAUGCGCGACGACAACAAAAAAUAAAAAAGGAUUUGGUGCAUUUUGUACAAAGUUAGCGUACUGCAGUUUUCUGUCUCUUUCUCUUUAAUGAUGUUGUAAACUGGACUGUGUAAUACAUGUAUUUGUGAAUGUUCGUUUUUUUUCUUUUUUUGUCUAAAUGUAGAAGAAAAAGAAAAAAAAAGAAAAAUGUUAUACAGUAUACUGUUUUUUCUGCAAUAAGAUUAUCAUCUGGGAAACUAAAGCACAUCUCUUUCCUUCUGUAAAAAGAAUCAUAACAUAAUAGAGUUAUAAUAAUAUCAUGAAGAAUAAUGCAGAUCAAAGUAAUAAUGUAAUAGAAAUGUUUAGUCAGAGAAUAUUGUUUUGUAUAUUUUUAGCUGUUUCUUGGGCCUGAUGUAAAAUAUUCUAUGUAAAGAAAAUAUAAUAAAUGUCUUUAGAUGUGUUCUAUGAAAAAGCAUGAUUGCAAUAUAUGUUAUCUGCAAAAAUAAAUAAAGAUCUAUAGAUUAUCA